GCUUUUUUAGUCUAAAAACCCAAAUUCGAUACCGAAAACGGAUUCAUGAUUUUUUACAUAGAAAUUGGAAUAUAAAAUGAUCCCCCACAGAGAGUUUGAGAAAGGCGGAAGGAAAGCUUAGGGUAUCAAUAAUCUCAUCUCAGCAUGGAACACCAAGAGAUUGGCAAUUUUCAAGCAGUGGAUACAAACAAAAGUGAGGAGACCAAGAAAAAGAAAAAGGAGCUAAGUAUGAAGGCCAGAAUUCAGAGAAAUAAACAUGCAAGACAGAAUUGGAAGAUCAAAUUGAAGAGAAGAAAGUUGGAACAAAAGGGUCAGAUGGGAGCAAAUGUUGAAGAAAAGGAUCAGAUGGCGGUACCAAAUGUUAAUCAAGUUGCUCAAGAAUCUCAACAAGGCCCUGAUUAUAGAGACUUCUCAACUGUAGAAAUUCGUCAAGAGAAAAUCGCUUUACAGUAGGGAAGAAGAAAAGAAACUAAAGGGUGUUUUGCGUUGUUUUCCCGCAAUAAUCCAUGUAAGAUAUGGUUGGAGAUGGGAUGUUUCUGAAUUAAAAAAAUAAAAAAUAAAAACAGUUUGAAGAUGCGGAAUCGAAAGGCAUCACUGUUCAAUCCUGGUUGUGAUAAAUCCAUGCAAUCCAGCUGGUUAUUGUGAAAGAAAACCAGCGGACAGUUGUGGAAUUCUGCAAGAACGAAAAUUCUAAUUUGGUUCUACCCGCAGAUGAGGUUGGGGAGGGAUUCUAUGAAUCAAGAAUAACUACAUCCAUUUCCCAAGAAGAUCUCGAAGAACUAAUGACAUUCAUAAAGAAGAUCCAUAUUUGAGACCUAUUAUAGAAGAUAUCGCGACUGGUGGUCCAACUAUAAUGAUGAGUGGUUCGCGCAGUAUGAGGCUAAGUACAAAUGCAAAAAUACGAAGAAACAAACAUGCAAAACAAAAUUGGAAGAACAAAGUGAAGAGGAGAAAGUUGGAAGCAAAAGGUCAGACGGAAGCAAAUGUUGAAGAAAUGGGUCAGAUGGUGCCAAAUGUUGAUGAAUGUGCUCCAGAAUUUGAACAAGGCCCUGAUGAUGUAGACUUCUCAACUGUAAAAAUUCGUAGAGAGAAAGUCGAAUACAGCAGGGAAGAGGAAGAGAAACUCAAGCGCUUGCAAGAGCAAUCAAAAGAAAACCCAGGAUCUCAUCCUUUUGACGAGGUUAUUGUGGAGGAAAACCAGCAGAUAAUUGCGGAAUUCUGCAAGAAGGAAAUUUGGUUCUUCCCGCAGAUGAGGUUGGGGAUGAAUCUUAUGAAUAAAGAACAUCUACAUCUAUCUCCCAAGAAGAUCUGGAAGAACUAAUGACUUCCGUCAAGAAAGAUCCAUAUCUGAAAACUAUUCUAGAAGAUAUUAACCUACCUUUUUGUGUUUUUGAUAACUUUAUCAUUUUCGUGCAUCAGUUCUAUUUGAUGUUCUUUUUUAACUUAGCUUGAAAAUUCAAAUGUUUUUAGGUACUUGAAUGAUUCAGAGAUUACGCAGAAGUUGGCGCUAGCUAUGGGUUUUGGAGUUUUAGGAGGGCACAACGUUAAUUCAGUUGAACAUACUGCACCAAACACUGAUGCGGAAGAUCAAACUGCCAAACAGGCUUGAAGCAAUUGUUCGCAAAUGAAGCUAAUUUAUGUUCAUUUCCAAAUCACAAUGUUCUUUUGAGCUCAUGGGAUAAUUUGUUUUUCAUCAUGGUGAAUUAGGAUGAUAACUUCUAGAAAAUAUGCUUCUAAUUGGAUCUUCAUCUUCAUCAGUUUUUAUGAAUGAUUUCUGUCAUUUUGGUUA